AUGACAAUGUAUAUUGCAUUUAUUUUAAGUACUAUUUUUGUUAUUGGGUUUGUUGGUUUUUCUUCUAAGCCCUCUCCUAUUUAUGGUGGACUUGGGUUGAUUGUAAGUGGUGGAGUUGGUUGUGGUAUUGUAUUGAAUUUUGGUGGGUCUUUUUUAGGUUUAAUGGUGUUUUUGAUUUAUUUGGGGGGUAUGUUGGUGGUUUUUGGUUAUACUACUGCUAUGGCUACUGAGAUGUAUCCUGAGGUUUGAGUUUCUAAUAAGACUGUUUUUGGAGCAUUUGUUUCUGGUUUAAUAAUGGAGUUUUGUAUGGUUUAUUAUGCGUUGAAGGAAGAGGAAGUAGAAAUUAUCUUUAAGUUUAAUGGGCUUGGGGAUUGAGUAAUUUAUGAUACGGGUGAUUCGGGGUUUUUUAGUGAGGAAGCUAUGGGGAUUGCUGCUUUAUAUAGUUAUGGUACUUGAUUAGUUAUUGUUACUGGUUGAUCAUUGCUUAUUGGAGUUGUUGUUAUUAUAGAGAUUACUCGUGGUAAUUAA